AUGUCGAGGCCGGUCAUGCUCGUCUUUCUUCUGGUCAUACUUAUAGUCACCUCUCAGUUUGAAUGGAGGCAACCGCUUGUAGAGCUUGAUGCAGCUCCUAGCUUGAAUCAGAAACAUCAGCAAAUCGCAAAGAAGGAAGAAGCUGUCAAGGAGAAGAUCAUCUUGUCACAAGAGAGACAUAUCCAGAGGCUAAACGACCUUGUACGAAGUCUUCAAAUGCAGUUACUGCGAUGCAAACUAGGAGAGAACGUAACACGAAACGCCACUGAAACCUUCCAUCUCAAUAAACAGUUCAUUGAGCUCGAGAGGAAAAACAUUGUGCAAGACUAA